AUGAUGGUAUCAAUAAUUGAAGCUGAGAGUUCCAGUGUGAACGAUCGAAAGAGGAAAUUGUAUUCAAAAUGGCUCUCUGUUUCUCCUGAGGCAACUUGGAAUGAUGUCAUUACUGCAUUGAAGAUUAGAAGAGAAAACACUCUUGCACAAAAUAUCAAAGAAAUGAUUGAAGGACAUCACUCAGUACCUAACAUUAGUAAUAGAGCUGCUGUGGGUAAUACACAGAAAGAAAUUAAGUUUAACACAAAAGAAAAUGAAGCAGAAGUCUCAUGUUCAUUGACAGAACUCAACAAAUCAUUUACUAGUUUAAUGACAAAGGUACGAAGAGCUUUUGAUAAAAAAGUAGCCUCAGACCCUGAGCUACUAACUGAUAUAACAAGAUGGAUUGAAAUUUACAUGAACUGGAAUGACAAGCUAACAAAUGCAUCUUUAAAUGAAACUUUCAAUAUUAUUCAUCCAUACUAUGACUUCAUUGACUGCAAUUUAAUAGUAGAUUUAAGUGAAGAGUUUUUGUAUGGUGUUACUUUUGGUGAAGAAAAGAUAAAUAUUCUAAGUGAACUACAAAAUCACAAGAGAAAGGCCGAGAAGUUCCGAUCUUCAACUAAUGCUAAUCCUCACCUGACAACAUCAAAUGGAUCAAAUGCUUUAAUGAUUGCUAGUUACUGUGGUAACUAUGAAGUAGUUGAGUUAUUGAUUAGUAAAGGAGUUGAUUAUAAAUAUCAACGAGAAGAUGGAGUGAAUGCUUUUAUGAUGGCUUGUGAGAAAGGUUACAUUCAAAUAGUAGAACUGUUGCUGAAGGAACAAGAACAAGUUGAUCCUAAUGUUAAAAGAAACGAUGGGGGAAAUGCUUUUAUGUCAGCUUGCAAAAAUGGACACAUUCAAAUAGUUGAACUGUUACUGAAGGAUAAAGUUGAUCCUAAUGUUCAAAAAAAGAAUGGUUUGAAUGCUUUUAUAUUGGCUUGUCAAAAUGGUCACACUCAAAUAAUUGAAAUGUUGCUAAAGGAACAAGUUAAUCCUGAUGUUGAAAAGAAUGAUGGAUUGAAUACUUUUAUGCUGGCUUGUGAAAAAGGUCACACUCAAAUAGUUGAACUUUUGCUGAAGGAGCAAGUUGAUUUUAAUCUUCAAAACAAAAGAGGUCAUACUGCUUUAAUGGUAGCCAGUGCUAAUGGACAUUAUGAAGUAGUUAAGUUAUUAUUGGAAUGGAAAGCUGAUCCAACUAUUAAAUCUAAUGAAGGUCACACUGCUUUGUUUUAUGCCAAGACUGAGGAAAUAUCUGUAUUACUUCAACAAGUUGAUGAUGCUAUUAGUGUAUCUUCAUGUACCAGUAGUGUAUUGAGUUUAGUCAUGUGA